AUGCGACGUGCUGCUGUGCUUCGGAAUGAAAUAGCCGAAAUAAGCAAUGACGAAGCGUUGAAAAAUGAUCUAAAAGUCGUAAGUAUUUGUAUAAAUUUGCGUAAAACGUCCAACCAACCAACGUUCUCGAAGAUACUUUCACAUUCUUUGGGUAUUGACAUUGCGUUGAAAGUAAAGCAACGAAACGAUUGUGGGGAUCUCCACCUGACUGUAGCUUUGGGCAUAACCGAUGUGGAAAUAUCCACUAAGUUUCCGGAAGGUUUGCUCCUCUAUUCGUGCGUUAUUGCGGACAUUUUGAGGAAGUAUACGAAAUGCGAGAUUAUAAUUAUGGGCGACGUUACAUAUGGUGCAUGUUGUGUUGGUGAUCAAGCAGCACGAGCACUUGAUAAGAAGCAUGCUUUGGUGAGCACAAUCCAGUUUGUACCUUCCUUGCAGAGUAUAAAAAAAGAGCUGAAUGCGGAUGGUUAUAAUAUACUGGUGCCACAAGUCAAGCCUCUCAGUCCCGGUGAAAUUCUUGGCUGCACAUCUCCACGCUUGCCUAAUGAUGUCGAUGCAAUAAUAUAUCUCGGAGAUGGGAGGUUUCAUCUGGAAUCAGUAAUGAUACAGAAUCCAUCGAUUUGUGCCUACCAGUAUGAUCCGUAUUCAAAGAGAUUCACUCAUGAAAAGUAUGAUUUCAAUUUGAUGGCUAACAGAAGAAAUGAGGCAGUGCAAGCAGCAAAAAAAUGCCAUAUGUUUGGACUAAUCCAAGGUUCGCUCGGCAGGCAGGGAAAUCCGAAAAUUGUUCAGGAGUUAGAAAGGAGGCUGCAGUUGGCUGGAAAAAUGUUUGUGCGUAUUCUUCUGUCAGAAAUAACACCCGAAAAAUUGUCAUAUUUUAAAGAUAUCGAUUGGUAA